AUAGCAUAUCUCCGAUGCCGCCGGGUAAGAGCUUUCGCCGGCCGGUGCAGCGGGGCUGGCACCCAAGCUUGGUCACUCCUCAUUCGAUGGAUUGCAGUUGCAUUUGUGUCGAUUCCCCUCGUCGUCGAUAUAAAUCUCCCCGCGGAUUCCAUGAGGAUUACCGUUUUGCAGUAUUUCUGUUCCGAAGGUGGACGAGUCUCUAGCUUAGUUAUCCAAGACUGCUCGUUUCGCUCCUUCGAAUUCAGUCUGCUUGGCACUUCAUGGCUUGAAUGGGGUUGAUUGUCAAAAUACUGUUUCAGUAGGUGCAGGUGAAUAUUUCAUGGAGGUUUAAAAUCAAUGAUUCAAGCUCAGCAUUUAAGGCAUGUUUCGAGGCGUGCGAUAGAGGCGCUUUGAAUUGAAGACUUCUUAAGCAUCGUGUAGUUUCGCUACGUAAUUGUCAACUUUCCUAGCGCGUUUUUUUUUUUUUUUUUUUUUUUUUUUGGCAGACUAAUUUAAUUUAGUAGUUAAAAUGUCUCCCCGGCCCUCGUCGGUGAUGACUCCACCCAGACAGUCGUCCGUCAUGCCUCCCAGGGCGCCGGGACCAGCAAUGACAGCCGCAAUGGAGCACUUUGAGAGGAUACAUUUGCAAGAGGCUGCCAAUUUGCUCAAAGAGCUCGACAAGCCGAGCUAUGGACAAAUGGACCUGGCUAGGAAGAGCGUCGAUCUUGGUAGGAAGAGCGUCGACCUCGGCAGAAAGAGUGUAGAUCACAGAGACACCGCUACAACCGAUCAUCACCAGGACCAUCACAAAAAUGGAGAACAUCACCAUAGACAUAGUGAUCAACACAGACGCAUCGACCGUCACUGCCACUCGGAUCACCACAAGUCUCACCAAAAGUCCCACGGAUCCAGCCACCAUCACCGGAGCCCACACAGGCGCCGCCACCACCGUGAUGACGACAAGAACUCCAUCUCGAGCAACUACACAGACGCAGACGACAAUGUGUCGAAUGCUUCCAGUGUUCACCGUGAGAGGCAUCAUCGUAGCCACCACAGCCGCAGCAGCCAUCACAAGGAACAUGGCAGCCAUUCACACCACCACAGCAGCCACAAAGAUCACCACCACUCACGGGAUCGCUACCACCACCGCUCGUACCACAGCCCAGACCGCCACUCUCAGCACAGUCAAGAGCGCAGCUCGGGGCAUAAGCACCAUGCUCGGUCACCGGAGCGCCAUGGCCAUUCCUCACACAGCCACCACUCACAAGGGCACCGUCAUCGCAGCUCAAGCCACAAGUCUCAUCACUCACGCUCACCAGAUCGCCAUCACAGCCAUGGUCACAGGCACCACCAUCACAAGGAAUGCUCAGAUGGCCACCACUCCAGCCACCACAGCAAGGAAUCACGUGGUCAUCACCAUCACUACGAGUCCUCGGAACACCGCGGCCAUCAUAGGAGCCGGGAUCACAGUGAGGGUUCGGAGCACCGCGGUCAUCACAGGAGCCCGGAUCACAAGGAGAGCUCGGAGCACCGCGGCCAUCACAGGAAUCGGGAUCACAAGGAAGGCUCGGAGCACUCCCACCCAGCCUCCUCCUCCCAUCACCGAAGCAGCCCCCACAAGAAGGAGAGCAGCAAGUCUCGCCAUGACCAGCACAAGGACCGUCAGUGCGAAGACACGGAAUCUAUCAUAAGUCGGCGAAGCGAUGCCUCGAUUCACACGCAUCAUCGUCGCCACGCCCUUCCUGUAAAUUAAAUCUCCGGUUUUAUUCUUGUAGUUUGGUGUAGACUUUUGAUGUAGGCGGUACAGGUUCCAUACCGACGAGUAGAUGUUGAUUCUAGAGUAAAUUGUGCAACACGAUCAUUCCCUUUGUAUUCCAGAUUUGAAUUCCAACAUUGUAAGGUACCCAUUCUUUCAAAAUAUUAUCUGAUCUUGUGCUGC